CGUGUUGUCAAUGCAAAGCGUGGAGAAAGGAAGCGUUGAGAAAUGAAAACAAACACCAACAGAACUUUAACCAGUGCACCAGUCGCAAAGUAUUUGUAGUAAAAGCGUGAAAAUAGAACGUAAUCCAGACAAAAAGAGUGGCUUGGUGUACCAUGCAGCUGAACGGGCGUGUAAGCGGCGUUUUGAGGAGGUGGAGAGGGAAUUCCGUCAUGCCCGGCAACCGGAGCUGCCGGCUGUGGAAAACCAAGCCGAUGAUGCUGAGCCAUCGUACAUGGAACCCGGUCCGAGCUGUUUUACAGACGAUGCUGCUCCGCUUAGCGACAGCGAGGAGGACAACAUGGCCGAUGCAAGCAGCGGGGCAGAAAGUGACGACGUCGAAGACAUCCAGGUCGAGGUGCAAACGCCGAACCAACCGUACGAAGACCUUUCGUGCGAGGAAGGUUUGCGGCUGUGGGCCCUGCAAACUGGGCAAACUCAUCGUAGUUUGAACCAUUUGUUGGGCCAUUUGCGGCAGCAUUUUCCCAACGCCAGAUUGCCCAAGGAUGCUCGGACGUUAAUGAACACGCCCGCGUCCAGAGCACCGGAAACAGCCAUUACGCCUAUCGCAGGGGGGACGCUGUGGUAUCAGGGUGUGGGGAAAUGCCUUCUUUCGUACUUUCGUGAUGUUCAGCCAACCCAGGAGGGGUUUGAGUUGAUUUUUUGUGGACGGCCUGCCGCUGUACAAAAUUAGCUGGUCCCAAUUCUGGCCCAUCCUGAUGCAGGUUCACAACGUGCCAAAUACUCCGGUGAUGACGGUUGCGAUUUUUUGUGGCGAAUCGAAACCGUUAAUCCUGGAGGAGUUUUUGGAUCAGUUCGUGGACGAAAUGAACCACCUUUUUAUGAACGGCCUGAUAAUUGGAACCCGCUUUUACUAGGUAGCCUCGCGUGCUAUCA